CGUGAUAACAUGACAAACAAAAAAGUCAAACUCGGCUGAGAGGAGCUUCAGUUCCACUUCACAGGAUUCACGCACAUGAUCCGUUGAAUCUGCUUUGUUCACUGUCAUCGUGAAAACACGCUACGUGCAACACGUGGAAGUUUGGAGAACUUACACACGCACAUACAAUGGUGCAUGCCGGUGUUGCAGCGUUACUCUGUGUCGUUCUGAACGUGUGCGCUGGUGGGAUUUGUCCUGAUGGAGGAAUAUGUGCGGAUGGAAACACCUGCUGCCAGACGCCGUCAGGAGGGUACGGAUGCUGCCCGCUGCCCAAUGCCGAAUGCUGUUCAGACCACUUACAUUGCUGUUACGAGGGCACUCUGUGUGACCUAGAACAUUCCAAGUGUGUAAACAGGACGCAUGCUUUAGACUGGGUGGAAAAAGUUGCCACAAAGCAGGAGGCCGUGGUUUGUCCCGAUCGGGAGUCUGAGUGUCCCGAUGACACCACCUGCUGUCAGAUGCCUGAUGGGAACUGGGGCUGCUGUCCUAUGAAAAAUGCCGUGUGCUGUGCAGAUAAGCAGCACUGUUGUCCUGAGGGAACCACAUGUGACCUCAAGCAUUCCAAGUGUGUGUCACCCACCUACGGUCCCACCCCCCUCUGGGGAAAGUUUGCUGCCCGUCGCAGGAAGGCGUCGGUGAAGAAAGCAGUAGAUUCACCUGCAGAGCCCAGGGAUGUUACAGAUGUGGUCUGUCCAGACCAGGUUUCCAGUUGUCCAGAUGAUGCAACGUGCUGUCAACUGGGCAACGGCUCUUAUGGAUGCUGCCCAAUGCCAAAGGCUGUGUGUUGUUCCGAUCAUCUGCACUGCUGCCCAGAGGGCACGACCUGUGACCUCACCCACAGCAAGUGUGUGUCAGCCAAUGGCAUCACGGCAAUGGCCACUAAGAUUCCAGCCUUCACUUCCCUGAAGUCCAGAGAAAGCGUUCCCUGUAAUGAAACGGUAGCGUGUGCGAGCGGCACUACCUGCUGUAAAACACAAGAGGGCAUCUGGGCAUGCUGCCCAUUACCACAGGCUGUGUGUUGUGAAGAUCAUGCCCACUGCUGUCCGCACGACACUGUGUGUAACCUCGCUGAAGGCACCUGUGAUGACCCCGCCGACCCGUCUGUGUCUGUACCCUUGCUGGAGAAGAUGCCCACCUUUCCCAUAACGCCACAGUCGCCCAAUCAGAAAUGCGACGAGACGUCAACAUGCCCUGACGAUGCCACCUGCUGCAGACUGGCAUCGGGCGCGUGGGGGUGCUGCCCACUGCUACAAGCGGUGUGUUGUGAGGACCAUCUCCACUGUUGUCCCAGCGGUUCUGUGUGUAAUCUGGCUGCCAGCACCUGUGACGGUGCCAGCGAUGAGGGUGCCCGUUUCUCUGUGCCUUUGGUGAGAAAGAUCACCGCUGUGACUCCGCCAUCUCACAACCAAAACUGUGAUGAGACGUCUGUCUGUCCAACCGGCACCACCUGCUGUAGACUGAACUCGGGGGUGUGGGCCUGCUGUCCUCUGCCACAGGCCGUGUGCUGUGCCGACGGUGAGCACUGCUGUCCGCAGGGCUACAAGUGUGAUGUGACUCUCAAAACCUGUGUCCGAUCCAGCCUUCCCAGCAUGCCCUGGUUCAGGAAGCAACUAGCGGCAAGCGUGACCCAGCAGCCCGAUGCUAGCGUUCCAGAGCACAGACACGUGUGUGACGCUCACACCAGCUGUCCAAGAGACGACACCUGCUGCUAUAUGAGCAAACUGGGAAAGUGGGGAUGCUGUCCACUGCCAAAGGCGGUAUGUUGUAAGGACGGAAUGCACUGUUGUCCCAGUGGUUAUAAGUGUGAUGAACAGAAAACCACCUGCGCUAAAGCCUACCACGAGAUCCCCUGGUUUAAAAAACAGGAGGCCAAGGUCACUCAGGGGUCAGCGGUGUUGCUUGGAGACGGAGAUGUAAAAUGUGAUUCCACUACCAGUUGUGCGUCAGGAUCAACCUGUUGUAAAUUACCCACAGGGGAGUGGGGCUGCUGUCCUCUUGUCAAGGCCGUGUGUUGUGAGGACCACAAGCACUGCUGUCCACAGGGAUACACCUGCAACCUGCAGUCUGCAACCUGUAUCAAACCCACUACCGCUUCCAGCAUUUCGCUCACGAAAACACCAGCACCCUCAGAGGAAGAAGUGUUGUGCGACUCGUCAUCACGCUGCUCAAACACACAGACCUGCUGUAGACUAUCAGACUCCACGUGGGCCUGCUGUCCAUAUAAAGAGGCGGUGUGCUGUAAAGACAUGAAGCACUGCUGUCCUAAAGGACACAACUGUGACCCGGAUGUGAAAGGUUGCACUAAAGAAUCCAUGUACAACUGGUGGUCAGAUUCACUUUAAGUGAACGUGGUGUAUAUUAAAACACAACAUCCACUGAUUUUAUACUGACGCUGACCAUUAUGUACACACACAUUUUUCAGGCCUAUGCAGGAAAGUGGAUUGUGCAUUUAGUGUUUUAAAAGAUUUUGUUUUUACUGGAAUCUACAUUUUUAUUCGAUCACACAAUCGAGAAAAUAAGUUGUUGUGUCCGUCAGACUGGCCACCUCGAGUUUUUUGAGUUUACAGCUGUUGAUGAAUUCUGGACUAGCGUCAAUUUAAGCAGAAUUCUUGAUUUCUUAGACACCGGGACUAAAAUUAGAGGUCGGAAAUAUUCUCAAAAACCUCCAAAGGUUUUAAAACUAAGUGAUCCAGGUAAAUGAUGCCUUUUAUUUCAGGAUGUUGAUUUAUUUUGAUAUGUUAGGAAUGCAUUUGGACAUGUUGCUGUGCGACCUUUUUAAACUAUCACAUCAUUCACCAAGAAUCUAAAAUCAGACGCCGCAGUUAAUGAGAAAAGCUGCUGAAUACUUCACCAGUUAACAUCGCGUCAGUCACGACUGCACUUGAGCCGUGGUCAGCCGUUUUACUCCCACAUGAGAAAAUACUAUUUACUGUAGUAAACUGUAGUAGGAUGUAGUAUACUAACAGUACAUUAUAGUAAUGAUGCUUUAAUAUACUGUAGUAUUAACCAUAGGAAAUGGAAAAUAUUAUGUAAUAAUAUAUCUUAUAGUUGGGUUCAAAAGCACUAUAGUAUCUCGUUAUUUUACUACAGUAAAUAUAGUAUUUUAUGAUAUAUGUGGGUUUAAAAGUUUUAUUCCUGGUUAAAGCCUUUGGUAGAUUUCACACGUUUUACGAAGGAAAUGAUCUUAUUUUUCACACUAGAGAUGCAUUUCAAAGUUUUCUCAAUGUUUAUUGGGAAAUACAAGUGUCAUUCUCAAUAUUCACUACAACAUCUGUUUGCUUUCAUAUUUUUUAAGAUCUUUUUCUGUUUUUAUUUAUGAAAUAAGUAAAUACAAUUGUUGACCUGUGAUGUCAUAAAUUCAAAACGAUUGUUCUUUCAGAUUUUUUCUUCUAUUCUGUUGAAGUGAACUUUGGUUGUUUUCGGGUAUAGUUAAACAGAUGAAAACGCCGAAAUA